ACUUCACAAAACUGGAUUCUGCUUCCGAGGUCCAUCCUUGUCCAGAGCAGUAGUUUUUCUUGAUUGGUCUUGAUAAAAGCUGGUGUAAUUAUUUUGAAUCUCAAUGGUAUCUUGCCGUUCUUGCCAUGGAUAAUUUGCCAGAGCAAGUUGCUUGGGACAUACUGGGGAGGAUCAAGAGAACAGUAGAUAAAAACUCUGUAUCUUUGACUUGUAAGCGCCUCCAUGAAUUGGAUAACGAGCAGCGAAAAUGUAUACGAGUGGGCUGUGGCUUGAAUCCCGCCAAUGAAGCGUUGGUUUCUCUCUGCAACAGAUUCCAAAACUUGGAGAAAGUGGAAAUCUCUUACUCCGGUUGGAUGUCCAAAUUAGGGAAACAGUUGGAUGACAGAGGGCUUUAUAAUCUUUCAGUUAGUUGCCCCCUUCUGACGGAUCUCACCUUAAGUUAUUGCACUUUUAUCACUGAUGCUGGUUUAAGUCACUUGGCUUCCUGUUCACAUCUUUCUGCCUUGAAGUUGAUCUUCACUCCAAGAAUUAGUGGUUUUGGGAUAUUAUCAGUGGUAGUGGGUUGUAAAAAUCUUAACUUGCUUCACCUUAAUCGUUGUCUAAAUAUUACCAGCAUGGAGUGGCUGGAAUAUCUUGGCAAGCUUGAAACACUUGAAGAUCUCUGCAUCAAAAAUUGUAGGGCUAUUGGAGAAGGUGAUCUCAUCAAACUUGGGCCUAGUUGGCAAAAACUAAAACGACUACAAUUUGAGGUAGAUGCUAACUAUCGCUACAUGAAGGUUUACGAUCGGCUAGCAGUAGAUCAGUGGCAAACGCAGUGGAUUCCAUGUGAUAGCAUGAUAGAACUUAAGUUGGUCAAUGGAAUCAUCAGCCCUGGCAGAGGUCUCGCUUGUGUAUUAGGGAAAUGCAGCAACUUGGAAAAAAUUCACUUAGACAUGUGCGUGGGGGUAAAAGAUUCCGACAUUACAGGUUUGGCUCAAAAUUCAAGCAACCUACGGUCCAUUUCACUCCGAGUCCCGUCAGAUUUCUCUCUUCCUCUUUUGAUGAAUAACCCAAUAAGGCUGACGGAUGAAUGUUUAGAGGCAUUGGCUCGAAAUUGCUCACAUCUUGAAUCCGUGAGAUUGUCUUUCUCAGAUGGCGAGUUUCCUUCCUUUUCCUCAUUCACUUUGCAUGGAAUUCUUACUUUAGUACAAAACUGCCCAAUACGGGAACUUGCUCUGGAUCAUGUUUAUUCAUUUAAUGAUGUUGGGAUGGAAGCUCUUUGCUCAGCCGAGUAUCUUCAAAUGCUAGAGUUGAGUAGAUGCCAAGAGAUUACAGAUGAAGGACUACAGCUUGUAGCACAAUUUCCUAAAUUGUGUGUUUUAAAGCUUAGCAAGUGUUUGGGAGUAACUAAUGAUGGACUGAAACCGCUUGUCGGAUCCCACAAAUUAAAACUUUUAGCAGUGGAUGAUUGUCCACAGAUAUCCGAAAGGGGUGUCCACGGAGCUGCUGAUUCAGUGACUUUCAAGCAGGACCUCUCAUGGAUGUAUUAGUUUCCAGUUGUGAAAUAUCUCAAUGGUUGCUGUGGUAUGUCUUUUGACAUAGUAUUUUUUAUGAGGAUUUCUCGGGUAAAUUGCAAUCUACCUUCCUGUGUUGUGGGAAAUAGGCAAACAGCCCUUUAUGAACAAUAAAAUAGUAAUUUAUCCCCUUAUGUUUUUCAAAAUAUAACAAUUUACUCUCCUAUGUUUUAAAAAAUGAAGCAAUUUACCUCUCUACCUUUUUUUAAAUAUAGGGGGUAAGUUACUAUUUAUUUUUUAUAGGAGUUAUUUUGCUCAUUUUCAAUAUCACAGGACGGUAAAUUGCUGUUCACCCGAAUUUCUCAGUAGCACUGAAAAUAUUUUCCUGUUUAGUUGUAUUUAGUGAACAGUUGUAUCUACAACAUUACAGAGGUUAGAGUUGCUGUUGGUGUUGAUUUGUACAAAUUUAUUCCUGGUGGAAUUAUUGUUUGUUUGCUUGUAAUAAAGAAAAUUAGUCACCAGGGCUGUAUGUUUGCAUUUUGUUGAAUCCAACAACAAUCAGGAAUUAUGAGAA